AUGGCGCACGGGUUACUGUGUUUUUAGUGUGCUGAGCAGUUUUUACGUAAAUACUUGGCCAAAUUGCAUUGUAAUAGAUUUACAUGUUUUGAUAAAUUAUCUGUGAGUUUUCAAGAUUGUAAUAACGCAUACAUGUGUGUAUUAAACUUGAAGAUUACGCCUGUUCGCACCGACGUCUCUGUACUACCAGACACUUGCAGAUAACUUUGUUGGUGUCAUAAUGUCAGAGCAGUACGCCCGUGAGAUACUGCGAAGGAAUGUUGCGCAAAUAUGCCAAACCAUAGGAUGGAAUGGAAUUAACUCUACACCAUUGGACAUUCUGGUGCAUAUACUGGAGAAGUACAUCCGGACACUUGGGACACAAGCUAACAGAUAUGCCGAACAAUUUAACAGGACUGAGCCAAAUCUACAUGACUUAGGAUUAGUGUUUCGUGAUUUACAUGUUCAGUUACCUGAACUAGUGGAAUAUACGCGCAGUGUUCCGCCUGUGCCAUCGCCAGUCCAUAUUGAAAAUUUCCCAAAACCAAAAGAAUCAAAUCUUAACUUCUUGAAACCUGGCAGCCAUGAGGUUGUUACAAGGCCCAUGCAUGUGCAUGAACAUCUGCCUCCAAUGUAUCCUGAAAAAGAAAGGGAUACACCUGCAGUUGCAGGUACAGUUGAAAUUCAUCAGAAUGGCAUUGAUAAUGUUGAUGCUAAUAAUGCAACAUCUACAUCAGCAUCGACGUCAACAAGUCCAGAAAUAUCUGUAACUGACAGCCCCGAGAAACCGAAAGAUUUGUUCAAACGACCAACUGAUCCUGUUUCACUACCAAACAGCAAAAGGCAGAGGUUACGAUUAGAUGAAGAAGAAAGGACGAGAGAAAUCAGCAGUGUCAUGAUGACUAUGUCUGGUUUUCUGUCACCUGCUCGAGAAGGCAAAUUGCCAGAAGCUCGACCUCCUACUAUGAUAACAGAAAAACAUUCUGAAAAACAUAAAACCAAUUCACAUCAUUCUAAUCCUGCUAAAGCACCAGUUUUAGAGAAAAGUGAUAAGAAAUCUAAAAAGAAUAAGUUAUUGAAUGGCAAGAUUAUGAAAAGUAAAAGGAAAGAUAAGAGCCACAAAGGCGAAAGUAGUAAAUCUAAAGAUAGUAGCAAAUCUAGCAAACAUCCUCCUGGAUAUCUGGCAAAAUCUAAGGAUCAGACAGCUAACCCAUUGUUACCAAAGGUGUCCCCAACACCUUCAAAGACAGCAAUGCCCCCUCCACCAGCUCCUACAGUAACAGAACCUGCUAGACCAGUCAUUAAACAGGAACCUCUUGAUCCACCACUGCAAGUUGCAAAAAACUUGGUUCCUGGUGAAGAAGCUAUUCCUGUACCAAGGAAAAUACCAAUCUCAAAAUCUCCAUUGGUUUCUAAUCCUUCGCCAGUGACUAAAUAUUCACCAAGUUCUCUGAUACCAGAAACAGAAAUUAAAAAAGAAAUAACUGAUGAAGAAGAAAAAUUGGCUUCUCAGCCUGACAGAUCAAAGAUAAAUAUAUUCAAACGGAUAUCGAACAAAUCAAAAGAAGAGAAAAGUUCUCCAGAGGUUGUCUCAGAAAAGGUACAGUCUGAUUCUAUGAUCUCAAAGGAACAGAACUCGACACCAGAUAUGUCGAGUGAAACUAAAACAAAUGAAAAUGUUAGAAUAAAACCAGAAGAGACAGUUGUUAAUAAUAAUGAUACUAGUGCUGUAGAUUUGUCCAAGGAAAUGGAUUUGAGAGCUCAUGAGGUUAUCAGCAUUGAUGACGACUCCAUGGAUACCUAUUCCCACCUACAAGCUAAACCAGGGAUUGUAGACCAUCCAAGUAUAUCAGUUAAUAAAUCAUUGCAAUUACCAUAUUCCAAAGAUGUAGCUAGUGUCAGUCCAAAAAUUAAAAAAGAAAAGAAACAUAAAGAUAAAAAAGAUAAAGCUGCAAAAUUGGAGGCAAAAUUGCUCAAAAAACAACAACAGCAACUUGCUUAUGAAAUGGCACAAGCUGAAAAACCAAGUCCAAAACCAUCAAAAUCAAGUAGGCCAAAGAAUGAAUCUAAGGUGCCCCAAAUGCCACCUGGAUUCCCAUUUUUCCCUGCAAUGCCUUCAGGCAGGAACUUAAUGCCUGGCCCUGGAUUAAUACCAAAUCCUGGUCUUAUACCUGGCAGUGAAUUCCUUGCAGGUUUAGCUAAUAAUCCAGCAUUAAGAGGUCUACCAUCUUCUAGUUUACUUUCAAAUCCAUUUUCAUUGGCUGCAGGUGGUCCUGGAUUAAUUCCUGGGUCCAGUUUUUUGCCUGGGAACCUAGGAGCUGGUAUUCCCAAUCCUCUUAUGCAAAUGAGUAAUUAUACCCAUUCAUCACGAUCUUCAUCAGUGAAAAUACCGCCCAUGUUGCGUCGACCCAGUCUAGAAGUAAUUCCCGUCGAUAAUGAUGAAGAAAGAGAGGUCUCUUUCCACCACAAGUCUCCUUUACAGUCGCGAGAUAAAGAUAGACAUGACAAGCACAAAUCUCCAACCAUUCCAAAUAUUCUACAAAAACAUAAGUCCAAAUCUCAUAAGGACCAUAAGUCCAGUAUAUUCAAAAUGCCUCCUGUGCAGCCUGAUAUUACAAUUGAAUUAAAUCCUCCUAAAUUGGAACCUGUUAGACAGGAACAACCAAGAGAGCCACCUGUACCAAUACGAUCCCCCACUCCCGAACCUGUCGAACCUCAGCUGAAACCUAUACUGCCCUCAGAACCUAUUGAUAUGCCUGCACCGGCACAAGUACCACAAGAGAAAGUACAUGAACAUUCAGAAAAGAAAAAAGAUAAGUCACACAAAAAAGAUAAAAAAGAUAAAGAUGGUAUCAAAGUUAAAAAGAAGAAAGUAAAGAAGGACAAAAACAAGGAUAAGUCUGAAAAGAAACGUGUUAAGGAAGAGAAACUCGAGAUGAAAGAGAAAAAAGAAAAAAAGAAAAAAAUUAAGUCUGGUGAUGGUUUGGUCCCCAAACUGACAUUAAAGCUGGGCUCAUCAAACUCGAAUUCACCUAUGCCUCCAAUGCCUCCUAGCUCGCCUGAUGUAUUUAAGUUGAAUAUAAAACCUGUAGUUAAGAAGGAGGAAGAAGAAAGCUCACCUAUGAAAGAUGAACCAUUGUCUCGUGAACACAGUCGCUCACCUGAACUUGCGCAAAUAUCCGCUCUCGUGACUAGGCCACCAAAGCCAAAACAUUCGAAACAAAAUCAUAUUACAGAAACUGAGGCUCAGUCAUCCUCACCUCCCUCAGGAAGUUCUCCGCCGCGAAAAAAUCGCCCUCCUUCUAGCCAUUCCAAGUACAAGAGGAUACUAAUUAAGCCCUUAUCAAAAAAAGGACACUUUGAAGAUGAUAUGGCUUCAAUGUCUGAUGAACCAGCUGCUUCACAGCCUAUUCCAACUACAGAUAAGCCGAUUGGGCCCCUUCCGACUCCUUAUUAUGUGGAUGAACAAGGAAAUAAAAUUUGGGUAUGCCCGGCUUGUGGCAGACCCGAUAAUGGCUCGCCAAUGAUCGGUUGCGACGGUUGCGAUGGAUGGUACCACUGGGUAUGCGUCGGUAUAACGGAAGAGCCAGGCGCGACGGAGGACUGGUUCUGCAAGUCGUGUCUCGCUAAGCGCACUGCUAUGGUGCUGGCGGGAGUAACAACUUCUGGAAAGAAGCGGGGCAGGAAACCUAAAGGGGAAAAAGUCAGAGACUGUAAUUAAUGGACCUUUCGUUGUUACUGAGAUUAGUUGUAAUUUUAUGAUAAGAUAUGAUACGAGUAAAUGGGAUGAGACUUGUUAAAGGAUUAAUUGUUGAAUGAUAUCAUGAAGAAAAUGUUUUCAUCAUUUAUAAUGUUAUAUCAUAGGCUAGAAGUUAAGUAUAGAUGAUAAUUAUGAAUAUUGACAUAAAAUGUUGAACAUAACGUAGUUACUAACUGUAAUAAUUACCAUACUUUUUAGUAUUUUGUUACAACUUGUCUUACUUUCUCUUUCACUCGGUUAGAUCAAGAAUUUGCGACACUCGCAUAUAAACAUAGAGAAUAAUAUAAGUUUUUUUUAUAUUGUACAAAAAUUGAACUUUAGAAAUCGAUGAUGUAUAAAAGUGUAGUGAAUAUUUAAAUAAACUGAAAGAUAGCUGUAUUUUCGGCUAAUAUAUGAGCAGCGUAUAAGCUGACAAUGAUUUGAAUAUUUUCAUAUUAUAAUUUUAUUAUAACCCUGUUUUUUUGUUGAAGUUGUUUCUUCAUUAUGUACAGGGUUGGCACAGUCAUGGGACAUAUUUUUUCAUAGAAGUGGUCUGUGACCCGUCUUAAAAAUACCCAAUGGAAAAUCAUGUAACGUGAGAGUGCCUACCCUACCUACAUUCGUUUACAUGGAGUCGGGCGGCAUAUGUAAAGUUUUGAUUUCAGCCAGUGGCCAAUUAAAUAUAAUAUUGGUACUCGUAAAUAA